UCUACAUUUAUCAGAAUAAGACGAAAGAGGAAUAAAAUCUCCACAAGAGAGGAAAAAAAAGAAAAGCUGUCCCCUGAUUUCCAAAAAAAACUCUCUUUAAGGUUUUCAAUCGAGAGGAGGUGAUCCAAUCGUCACCUCUUCAGAUUUCGAAUCACCAAACAAUGUCUUCUUCCGACAAAACAGCUGUCUUCAGAAAACUCAAAUCAAAAUCUGACAACAAGGUAUGCUUCGAUUGCAGUGCGAAGAAUCCGACAUGGGCAUCGGUUACGUACGGGAUCUUCCUCUGCAUUGAUUGUUCAGCUACUCAUCGUAGUCUCGGUGUUCACAUCAGCUUCGUCAGAUCUACGAACUUGGACUCGUGGAGUCCUGAGCAGCUGAGGACAAUGAUGUUCGGUGGGAACAACCGUGCUCAGGUGUUCUUCAAGCAGCAUGGAUGGACUGAUGGUGGCAAAAUCGAGGCUAAGUACACUUCGAGAGCUGCUGAUUUGUAUCGCCAGCUUCUUGCUAAAGAAGUUGCUAAAGCCAUUGCUGAAGACGCUGCUAUUGCUCUGCCUUCUUCUCCCCUUGCUGCGGAAGGAUCUAAUGGGGUUUCUUCCUUUUCUGUCAAGGAAGAGUUGCCUCCUAAAGAGAGUUUUACUGUGAAGCAAGAAGCUACUUCUUCGCCUAAAGCUUCUAACACAGUUGUGCCUAGUACUUUUAAGAAGCCUAUCGGUGCUAAAAGGACGGGCAAAACUGGUGGUCUUGGUGCACGGAAGCUUACUACUAAGCCUACGGGGAAUCUAUAUGAGCAGAAACCAGAAGAAGUUGCACCGGUGAUUCCUGCUGCAACUUCAACCAAUAACGGUGGAAGCAAAUCAUCAGGUGGCUCAUCUUCAUAUGCCGCCUCUCGGUUUGAGUACAAUGACGACUUUCAAUCCGGAGGAAAAAGCAUUGGUGGUACGCAAGUGCUUAACCAUGUUGCCCCACCAAAGUCGUCGAGCUCCUUCUCGGAUUUUGGAAUGGACAGUUAUGUCCCCAAGAAAUCAAGCUCCAACUCCUCAAAAGCUCAGGUUGAAGAAUCAGAUGAAGCAAGAAAGAAGUUCACAAACGCAAAGUCCAUUUCUUCUGCUCAGUACUUUGGUGAUCAGAACAAGAACGCUGAUCUUGAAUCUAAAGCUACUCUUCAGAAGUUUUCAGGCUCAGCAUCUAUCUCAAGCGCUGAUUUUUUCGGUCACGACCAAGACGAUUCCAAUGAUGAUAUAACUGCUAGUGAUCUCAUCAACCGACUUUCUUUCCAGGCACAACAAGAUAUAUCGUCGAUAGUGAACAUAGCAGGUGAAACGAAGAAGAAGCUGGGAACUUUGGCCUCUGGUAUCUUCAGUGAUCUUCAGGACAGGAUGCUGUAAGAAGGCGUAAGAGGUCUCGCAUGUUUUUUUCAUUUUACAGAGAAGAAAAAAGAAGUGUGAGGAAACUUCCAAUGAAGGAUACUCGUUUCUAUGUUUUUAGAGAGCUUUACUUUUUUGGAAUUGAGACGUGGCUUUUGUUGUUAUAUCAAAACUAUAUGGAUGUUAUUGGAUCUCUGUUUGUUUGCAGAUAAAAAAAAGUGGACAAGAAUCAA